CCGCCACUCCCGAUUGCGCAUGAGCGGAGCUCUUGCCCCGCCUCCAGCUUGUCCUUGCUGAUUGGCGGGCUCGGGUCACGCGGCUGCCUCGCCUCCUCCUCGCCGCCGUCCCGGCCGCACUUACUUCCGGUCCGGUGGGGUCGGUCCGCGAUGACGGAGCCCGGCGCCUCUCCCGAGGACCCCUGGGUCAAGGUGGAGUGCGCCUACAGCGACACCAGCCUGGACCCUGGGCUUUUUGCGGAAAGUGCCCGCAAGGGGAGCGUGGUGUCCAGGGCUAAUAGCAUCGGUUCCACCAGUGCCUCUUCUGUCCCCAACACAGAUGAUGAAGACAGCGAUUACCAGCAGGAGUCCUACAAGGAGUCCUACAAGGAUCGGCGGCGGCGAGCACACACCCAGGCCGAGCAGAAGCGCAGGGAUGCCAUCAAGAGGGGAUAUGAUGACCUUCAGACCAUCGUCCCCACCUGCCAACAGCAAGACUUCUCCAUCGGCUCGCAGAAGCUCAGCAAGGCCAUCGUCCUGCAGAAGACCAUCGACUACAUCCAGUUUCUGCACAAGGAGAAGAAGAAGCAGGAGGAGGAGGUGUCUACCCUGCGAAAGGACGUCACAGCCCUGAAGAUCAUGAAAGUGAACUACGAGCAGAUUGUCAAGGCGCACCGUGACAACCCGCACGAGGGCAAGGACCAGGUCUCUGACCAGGUCAAGUUCAACGUGUUCCAGGGCAUCAUGGACUCCUUGUUCCAGUCCUUCAAUGCGUCCAUCUCUGUGGCCAGCUUCCAGGAGCUGUCAGCCUGCGUCUUCAGCUGGAUUGAGGAGCACUGCAAGCCCCAGACGCUGCGUGACAUCGUGUUGGGGGUCCUGCACCAGCUGAAGAACCAGCUCUACUGAUGGUGUGGGCGCUACAGAGCUCAGGGCUGCCUGGCACCACACACGGGGAGUGUGUUUCCUGAAUGCUUCUGAUUAAUUUAUUUUCCCAUCAUGCAGCCCGCCGGUGCUCUCCCAAUAGGGCACCCCGCCUCCCCAGGCCUCAUGUUCUAGUCAGGACCUGCAGGGGUUCACGAGCUCAGCUUGCUUGGGUCCCAGGGUGCUGGGGUGCUGGGGUCUGGUGUGGGUCCUUGGCAGUGGCUGGGAGAGGACACAGCUACACUGGGAAGGGAGCAGGUGCAGGCGCGUCCUCCCCAUUCUGCCCACCCCACCCCCAAACAGGCGGGACACAGUGAGUGCACAUUGGAAACCUUAUUUUUUUUAACGCCAACAGUGCAAUUUUACUAGUUACAACUCUGGAAAAGCAACAGGCUUCCAAACCCCUCCCCACCUUCCUCCCGUCUCCUGCAGAACGCCUGCUGGGGCCUCUGCACGUCCAGGGCCGCCUGUCUGCCAGGUGCCUCACUGCCCGGGGCCAGCACUGUGGGGACUCUGACUACCACAAGAAAGUCAGUAUUUUUGUAUGAAAUGAAAAUAAACACCAUCACAUACA